CUGGAUCUUUCACAAAAUGCUCGAUCCUGCCGAAGGCACGGUGCUUCUGCUCGAAGCUUGCGCUACCGGAAGUGUAGAGACAGUAUCCAACAUACUUCGAAGUUUAAAUCCCCUUAUAAAUAUCGACACCAUGCGCAAUCAGAAUCUACAAACACCAUUGCAUAUAGUGUGCAAACGGAAAGAAAACUACGCAAAUGCAACAGCCAUAGCAACUCUCUUGAUUGAUCACGGAUGCGAUGUGAAUAAUGCCAUUUGUGACAAUGACGGAAUGCUACCUCUCCAUUAUGCCGUACUCUCAGGGAACGUUGAUUGCAUCAUUCUGUUGCUGCUGAGAGGAGCCACAAUACCGAUAUCCGACCCAUUUCGAUUAACUCCUCUCUUGCUGGCAAAAGCCGAGAUCGAAAAAAACGAGCGGAGGCGUUCAAUACAGGCACUCCAAGAGUCUCGUAUCCCGAAUGAUGCAGACCCUUCGAUAAAAAAUCUACGACGAAUAACCUCAUUACUUUUGGAGCAUAUCCGGGAGCGGCAUAUCGAGCAAGUUGCCAAUGGAACAGCCGCGGCACCGCCAAAUUAUGGCUUGUCAAAUACCUUGCUUUCUAAAUCGAUGCCAUCCUCUAAUGGCAUCGAAGGCGAUCUUGAUGUACCCUUGAUAGUUGAACGCAUGCGAUCAAUGAGUGUAGAUACAGAUGACAAUAUCGACGUAUUGAUAUCUAAAAUGCAGGCAUUUGGGGUAAAACCCACAUAGCCCUGAUGCUCCUCCUGCUCCGACAUCGUUAAAUAGACUCCAAUUAUCUUUGAAACAUAUAACUGUACAAAAAAAAAUUAUAUCGCUAAUAAUACAAACAUAGAACCACUCUAUAUUGACCGUUUAUUCAUCCUUCUUUUCAUUGAGCCCGCAGAUGCUCUCUAUAUUAUACUUUUUGAGAUC